AACUAAAACAUCGAAGAUGUAGGGGAGUCCUCUUCAAAAACAGAAAGCAGAAACGGAAAUGCAAUCCCAUUCCAGACCAUGGUGAAAUAUUGACGAUCCUUCGCAACCAGUUUGAUGAUCUGGUGAAGCAGAUGGAAAGUAGGAGGGAGGACAGCCAAAAMAAGACAUUUCCUGAAGAGUUGGAUCUGAUGAAGCAGGAAUUCGGGAAAAUCAGACAAAAGUUCUCUGAGGUUCACAGAGUGAAGAAAUUGAUUGAACUUGGUGCCUCCGUUUGUCAGGUGAUUGUUGACGGUGUUCAGGGUGUUCAGGGAACAGGCUUUGUGCUGUUUGACAACUUCGUCCUAACAAAUGCACAUUUGUUUGGUGACAAUGUAAGACAUAACAUGCAGCUGUUAGUCGAUGUAUCUGUGAAGUUCAACUAUGAAAAUCCAAAUGGAUCCGAUGUGAACGUAUUCAAAGCKAAAACCCUGCUGAUCGACUUUCAAUAUGAAGAUAAGGGAAAACAUUAUAUAGACUAUGCCAUACUGGAGAUGGAUCCUCAGAAUAAGAAGCAACAGAAGAAGGUUCCUCCUGGUCUCCUCCGUGAAUAUGGCCCAGUUCCAGCAUGCGGUGGGGCCUGCCUCAUUGGACACCCAGGUGGACUGGUGAAACAAAUGGAACCCACCUCCAUCAUUGGCAGUGAGAUAAGAGAGGAGGCUGCGAAUAAAUAUAAACGGGAAAAUGGACAUGCAAUCUUCACAAUAAAUGAUGAUGUUGAAAAAAACAAAAAGCGCUACGAGGAAGUGAUGCAGGAGAACAAGGACGACUUUGUGACCUAUAACACCUCCUUCUUCCAUGGAUCUUCUGGCUCUCCAGUCUUCGAUGACCUUGGUCGAGUGUUUGGRAUGCAUACUGGUGGCUUUGACUAUGAGGAUAAACUCACUCAGAGCAAACAGAGUGUGUUAGAGUACGCCCUCCCUCUGUUCACCAUAUUACAGAACUUUGUCAUCCGUUUGAGGGAGGACAACAAUCAGGCAGUUUUGACAAGAGUUCAGGACGAGGCACAGAAAAACCUCUUCCUGUUUGAGGCUCUUUUCAAGACCGAUG